CCUGACCUUUCGUUCCUUGCAACCUUUUCGCACCUAUGCCGGCCUAUUGCGUUUGAAUCGAUCAGAAAGAUAACCUGAUAGAGUCGCUCUGGCUUAGAUCGCGGCCCUGACCGAGAUGCUCGUCAUGCGCGCCAGCGGUCGCUUCGCGGGCUCUCCCGCUGGUGCGCACAGCCACCUCAGCGGUCAUGGCAGCCAUCGGUCACCAGCCUGCCUCCAGGCGCCGCGACCGGUGGUUACAGCGAUGCCCGCCGCUCGAGGCAUAGCGCCCAGCAGAGCACCUGCUUCCGACCCCAGCUCGGCGCGCGCUGCCGCCACUGCUUCUCUCCGGGCACGCUACAGCCCCUUCUCAUUGCGCGGCUUGAUGGUGGCAAUGCGGGGUGGCAGCAGCAGCACCCGCCUCGCGCGACCAGUUGUGCAGGCGGCGGCGGGGAGGGGAAGCGGCGGCGGAGGCAGGGGCAGAGGCGGAGGCAUGGCGGGCGGAGGCAGAGGGGGCAGCGGAGGCAGCGGCAGGGGCAGCGGGCGUGACCCCGCGGAUGACAUGACUGUGUGUCGGACUCUGGAGGAGCUGCAAGCAACCAUCAGCCAGCGGCUGCCAGUGUGGGAGGGGCGGAAAGAUUUCAUUACCAUGUGUGCGGCGUUCAACCUGUGCGGCAGGCUGGAGUCGAGUGGCGGGCCGGCAGCAGCAACGGCUGCAGCACGCAGCAGCAUUAUCGGCACGCUUGCGCCCGCCUACCUGCCGCUCGUGCCGCGCAUCCGCAAGGCAAGGGACUGCAGCAUUCCGCUGUGGGCGCUGGGCAAAGCUGGAUUGUUCGGCGGCGGCACGGAGGCUCAGCUUGCAGCAGCUCUGCUGGAGCGGCUGGUGGAUCCAGAGGUCCUUGCGAAGGCGAAGCCUCAGGAGCUUUCAAAUGCGAUGUACGGAACAAGCAAGCUGCGGGAGGCGCUUGAGUACCGGUCAGCGGUUGAGGCGCUGUGCGGGGAGGCGCUGCAGCAGCUCCGGACACCGGAACUCGCUGCAGCAUUCAAGCCGCAGGAGCUGUCCAACGUCCUGCUGGCGCUGGAGGGGCUGCAGCUGGGUGGCGGACAGGCAGGGCUGGUGGUGGCAGUGGCCGCAGAGGACGUGCGGCGGGGGUUUACCGGGUACGUUCCACAGGACCUUAACAACUCGGCGUGGGCCCUGGCCAAGAUGGGGUUUGGGGUGGGCCCGGAGGCGCCGGCGGAGCAACGUCAAUGGGUGUCGGCAGCGGUGGACGCAGCAAUGCGGCCGGGCGUCAUGACCGGCGCCACGCCGCAGGAGUGGGCCAACCUGCUGUACGCGCUUGCGUUGAUGCGGCACCAGCCGCCGCCUGCGCUGCUAGACGCGGGUGCAGCAGCAGCCAUGCGCGCCAGUAGUGCCGAUGGUCAGGACUGUGCAAAUACACUGUACGCGCUGGCGGUGCUGCAGCUGCGGCACGCCGGUGUGGAGGCGGCGGUGUGCGGCCGGCUGGGCGAGCUGCUGCAGCGCGGCGGGAAGGCGCUAACCGAACAGGGCAUUUCAAACAGCCUGUGGGCCAUGGCGGUGCUCGGGGGCACGUCUUUUCCUGGCAUGCAGCAGCUAGCAGUUCAGCUGGCCCGCGACGCAGCAGGCCGUUGGGAGGGGUUUUCCGGCGAGGGCCACAGGCAGUUGUGGCAGGCGCAGCAGGAGCUAGGCGGCGAGGUGGCGGCGGCCCUGUGCAGCAGCCCCGGCCUGCAGGCAGCGAUGGCAGCGGCGGUGACUGCUGAGAGGGAAGACGCCAAGCCCACAUCUGACAUCCAAAAGCAGGUCGUCGCAGCGCUGCGGCGGCUUGAGCAGCACCAGGGCCGUGAGGCAGCAGGAGGCCUUGCCGUUCGGUCCGUGCAAACGGGCGUCUUCGCGCCAGGCGUGUUGGCGCCAGUGGAUGCGGUGGUGGGGCUGAGUGACGGGCGGCAGGUGGCGGUGGAGUUGGUCGGACCGACACGCUUCCUCUCCGACCAAACGUGCUCUGGCCGAAGCGCCGUGGACGGACGGACCGUCCUGCGCAUUCGGCAGCUGCGGCGGGCGUUUGGGGAGGGCGGUGGCGUUCUUGUGGUGCCGUACUGGGAGUGGGACGCACUGACGAAUGCCGAGGAGAAGGCCUACCUGCUGCGCCGGCUGCAGCAGCCGGCGGUGGCGAGAGCAGUGACUGUGGGUGCCGAGGGCGGCGCUGCGGCUGUUACGGCCGCAGCCACCACCACCACCGCCAAGGGCGGCGGCGGCUCUGGCGGCAACCCACAACAGCAGCUGCUGGUGCGGCCGGCACGGCGGCCAGAGGGUGGCGGAGGCGGCGGCGGCGGGUCGGGUCGAGGAGGACGGUAGUAGGUCGGCGUAGCUAGGCAGGUGUGCGUGCACGGUAGGCAGACAUGCAAACCAUGCAGACCUGGAUAAUGCUGGCGUGUGCAUCAGGAGUGGGCUGGAGCCCAAGUGGAUGCUAGUGGAUGGGGAUCUCUAGCUACGGAAGAUGGGAGGCCUCGAGAGGCACGAGCGAGGUGCCGGCGUGCAUGUCGGCGCGGUGGGCGAGGUUGGCAAUGGGGAAGGUGGGGAGGGGAGGGUGGGGGGUUGUAAAUAUCAGCCCAAACUAAACAGGGGGACAGGCAGGUGCCGGUCCUGUGCUGGUGGUGGUUGGUAGCGUGCGGCAAGAGGAGUGUGGUGGCUUGGCGGGGAUAUAUGCUGCGGCUUGAUGGGGACCUGGCUUUAUUCUUACAUGGCACGCAGCAUGGGGGUGGGGUAAUGGGCGGCGGUGCCAAGGCGGCAGGGCUGCGGUGCCAAGGGGGCAGGGCCGGGCAUGUCAGCCGCAGGGGCUCACGAACGGCGUGUGCGAGGUCGGCUCGGUGGGCGAUUGAGUGACGCAUGCCUGGAUGAGGCAUGUCAGGUGCUUGUGUUGCGUUGUGUUCUCGGCCCUGGGGCGUGUACAGCAGUGUGCGUUGCGCGGCGGCGGGUCUCAGUUGUUUUGUUGUUGUGAUUGUUGGGUGUGAUGUGUUGGUUGUGUGGCAGCAAUCGUGUACGUAUCAGCGGCGGCGGCGGCAGGCAAGCACCUUGUGAUGCUUCAAUGGUUGGGGCAGUGCACUCAUCAUGUAGCGAUGAUACCGCACGGUUGGUACCGUGAAGCCUGCGCGCUGAGGAGGACGUCUCAAGCGUGGGCGGAUAAAAGUGUGUAGACAGGGAUGUCAGACAAAUCAGCAAAGGUGGCCAGGUGAAGCAGGCGGGGACCCAAUGUGCGCUAUGGCACUGCUAUGCUCAUGUUCAAGAGGCUGGCCGUCUGCCCCGCCGUUUCUGCCCCUCUCGUGUCGGGCGGGAUGUUGGAAUUGUAAGCGACAUGCGUU